UUCUCGUAGUCUGAAUCCUUACUUGCUACGUGCAAAAUUACAAGUGUGCUGGAUUUGAAUGGGAUUUUAUCGUGUUCUUAUCGGCGAGAAAGGCAAUUAGCACGAGAAGAAGAGUGUAUAAAGAUCGUACAAAAUUUGACCGAGGAUUUGGCGAAGUACCACGAAAAUGAUCACCACGAUAUUGUUCUUCGCAUUUGUCCUGACCAUUCUACACUUCUUCAUACUGCAUUAUAGAAAAUUCGGAAGGAUAAUAAAUUGCAUACCAGGACCUCAAGCAAUACCGAUCAUCGGGAACAUGCAUAGUUUCCAAAUUUCAUCAAGCGAUCUUUGGACGCUCAUGCGGAAAAUGGGCACUCAGUAUUAUCCCAUUUAUAGACUUUGGAGUUUUACGACUGCAUUUCUUAAUAUUCGCCAUCCGGAUGAUAUUGAGACACUUCUCGGAAAUUCGAAACUCACUAAAAAGAGUCACAUAUAUACAAUUCUGGAGCCUUGGUUUAAUACUGGACUUCUAACUGGCUCAGGUCGCAAAUGGCACACCCGGAGGAAGAUAUUGACGCCUGCCUUCCAUUUCAAUUUGCUUCAAGAAUUUGUUGAUAUAUUCAAUGAGGAAGGGCAACACUUGAUUGAAAAAUUGAAGAGCGAAGAGGGAGCUGUUGUGAAAGAUCUGUUGCCUUUCAUUAGCGAGCACACAUUGAACGUGAUAUGCGAAACCGCAAUGGGGACUUCGCUGAAGGAUAAGGGAAGUUUUCAAUACAAGUAUCGCAAAGCCGUGAACGAUAUGGGAACUAUUUUUAUAUACAGGUUCGUAAGACCGUGGUUCUGCUAUAAUUUCAUUUUUAAUCUUUGUCCUCAAGGAUGGCGACAGUCUAAGUUACUUAAAAUAUUGCAUGGAUUCAGUAGGAAGAUUAUCCAAGAGCGAAAAGAAUAUCACGAUCAGACCAAUGGUCGAUAUUUAUCUGGUAUUAACUAUGCUCCAAGUGAUGGCGUAAAAAAUAUAUUUAAACACUACAUAGUUCGUAAGAAAAGGCUCGCCAUGCUCGACCUGCUGAUAGCAGCUCAUCGAAAUAAUCAGAUAGACGAUGAAGGCAUUAGAGAAGAGGUCGACACAUUCGUGUUUAGGGGGCACGACACUACGGCGGUAUCUAUUUGCUUCACUAUAAUGCUUCUUGCCGAACACAAGGAAAUUCAGGAUCGAGCGAGAGUUGAGAUAAAAGCUGUGAUGGAAGAAAAUAAAGGGAAAUUAAAUACAUCUGCGCUUCAAAAUCUUUCGUACCUCGAGAGAUGUAUCAAGGAGUCCCUUCGGCUUUAUCCCAGUGUGCCUUCCAUAUCACGUGCACCGGAAACGGAUGUGAAAUUAAGUAAUUACGUGGUACCUGCAAAUACUAUAGUCCACGUGCAUAUAAUCGACGCUCAUAGAGAUCCACAGUUCUGGACGAACCCAGACGUUUUUGAUCCGGACAGGUUUUUACCCGAAAAUUCCCAGGGACGACAUCCUUAUGCUUAUAUACCUUUCAGCGCCGGCCCAAGGAAUUGCAUUGGACAACGAUUCGCCAUGUUGGAAUUGAAAACAACGUUAGCUCUUCUUUUACAUAAUUUCUCCCUUGAACCAGUAGAUUAUCUUAAGGAUGUCUCGAUGAAUUCGGAUAUCGUAUUGAGACCAACAUACGCUCUUCGAACGAAAUUCGUACCUAUCGUCGCGUGUUGAUGUUCCAUCUACGUUGAUCUUGUUAACAGUAAAUUCAGCAUUACUAACGACAGUAAUUAUGACAGCAUUGUUCGAGUUGUAUUGCAAACAAGUUUCACGUAAUUAGAAUAAGAAUGUUUUGCAAUGGCAUGUCAUUUCUUGAAACAAUUCUAC